GGAUUUGUUCCUUCAGCAACAAUCAGUUCAAGGUUAAGGAGGAGUUGGGCGAUGGCGAUCCACUGAAGUCCUCGUUCUACCUGGCGCUGCAGAGUCCCGAAUGUCAGGGCACCGCAAUGGUUUUGGACAACGACUGCACGCCUCUGCAACGCUCCUGGUGUCUCUUCGAGCUGCUGCAGACGCGCUACGUGGCUCCCAAGUACAAGAGCGGCUACGAGGGCUUACUGCUGUGCACCCCCACUGGGGUGCUGCAGUGGGGCAACGCCGAUGUGGACACCGUGGUUCGCUUGGCGGAGAAGGUGGGAGAGACGCGUCUAGAGAACGCUCAAGCCUCGCGCAUCGAGGACAAGAUCAUGAUCGAUCAGUGCGUGGUGGAAACUGUCGAAGGCGGUUUCCCCGAGGUCAACAAGUUCGUCCACGAAAGCAUCAAAAAGGUCCUCGAUGAGGCCAAUGGAUCCUUCCAGCUCCGAGUUCAGGAGCUGAUGCGCCGCCUGGACCGUGAAGGGUCGCCGCCGUCGCAGCGGGUCUUGCUGGGACGUAGCUCGAUCCGGGCCUGGACGCAGUUCUCAGGCGCCAAAAAGUCAUCGACUGAUGGAUCGGACGUCUGCGAGUCCCCACACGGUGAUCUCUGAGGGAGUUCGGGCAUUCAGU